AAAAAAAAAAAGUCUCCAGUGGAAAAACCCUUAUCUUAAAAGCGAGCGCGCGGGGGGAAAUGGCUUCGCUGCGUCUUCGUCUCCCUCACAGCAAUGGUCGCCUCCUCUUCUCCUCCUCCUCAUCAUCAUCGUCGUCAUCGUCGUCUCUCUUUCUAUGGAACCCUAACCCUCAAUUGCCCAUGAGACCUUGCUCUCGAUUCCCAAAGAUAUACGCUUUCUCCAGCAACGACAUCAAGGUGGGAUCCAACAUCGAGGUGGAUGGGUCGCCGUGGAGAGUUCUUGAAUUUCUUCAUGUCAAGCCCGGGAAGGGUGCUGCAUUUGUAAGGACGAAAGUGCGGAAUUACAUCACAGGCAACACAGUUGAGAAAACAUUUCGAGCUGGAAGUUCGAUACAAGAGGCAAAUAUUGUAAAAGAAACAAAACAGUUCACUUACAAGGAUGGGAACCAAUUUGUUUUCAUGGAUCUGGCUUCUUUUGAAGAAUGCCGUUUAAAUGAAGCGGAAGUUGGCGACAAAAAGAAAUGGCUGAAAGAAGGAAUGGAUUGUAAUCUGCUUUUCUGGAAUGGGCGGGUUAUUGAUUUUGAACUUCCCAUCACUGUUAAGCUAACUGUGGUUGAUGUCGAUCCUGGUGUGAGAGGUGACACUGCACAAGGGGGAUCAAAACCAGCAACACUUGACACGGGUGCCGUGGUGAACGUGCCGUUGUUUGUAGAAGUCGGCGAAGAGAUAUUGGUGGACACAAGGACAGGCCAAUAUAUGAGCCGAGCGUAAGGGAAAUCUAAUGAAUAAUUUUUUUUGAGCCAGAGUUUUCCUUUUUCGACUUUCGAUUUGUUGUCCACUUUCUUGCUGUUGAGGAUUUCGACUUUUGUUUCCAGAAAACAUAAUUAGAAGCAGAUUCUGUUGUAUACAUUGCAUCUUAUAUACAGAUUUGCAGUUCUCUCAGCCUAUUUGGUAAAAUUAGAAACUGUGAAAACAUGUAAAUUGCACAAUCUGGGAUCUGUGUGUUUAUUUUGUUAAUGCUGUUUGGUACCAAA